AUGACCAGCGACGACCUCUUUUUUGAGGCAGUCAAUGAUUAUAAAAAAAUGAGAGCACGAUUUGAUCAACGACAGGAAUUGAGAGGUGAAUAUGAACUGCUAAUAAAUUUUGAUCAGCAUACAUAUCACAUCUUUGGCUUAUAUCAACAAGCUACAGUCGGCGACAUCAAUGUUCCAAAGUUGGAUUACACUGAUCCUGUAGAAAUUUCUUACAUGUGGGCUUGGAUUAAAGGUAACCGAAAAUGGCAUGCAUGGAAUAAAUGUAAAGGCAUAUCAAAAGAAGAGGCCAAACAACUCUAUAUCAGCGAGGUCAAAAAACUACAAAAUGAACUUCCUGACCUCAUAGAAAAUUGGAGAGAUGAACAAGAUCCCAGAAUUCCUGACCAGAAGGCGUGGGUUCCAGAAGAGGAAAAAGAAGAACGACAAAUUAUUACAGAGAAAGCAAAAGCUGCCAGACGAGAAAGAGAUGCAAUUAAACGAAAGGAAGAAGAGGAAGCAGGAAUGUGGGAUGAAUAG